CGCCGCCGCCGCCGCCGCCGCCGCCGCCGCCGAGAGUUGCCGGGGCGGACGCGCAGUCCACCGCGCGUGGAAAGCGGGGGAGCGGCUACGGGGGCCGCGGGAGCUACUGAGAAGACGCCAGGGUUGGCCUUUCUCCUCGGCCAGACCCCACCCCACCCUGCCGAUCCCACCCCCUGCUCCUUCCUCCCCGGGGGCGCGCGCUCGGGUACGCGCUCGGAAGUCGGGGGUCGGUGGCGAGUGCCGGCUGUGUCCCGGGUGGGAGAGGGAGGCGCGGAGGCGGCGCGCGGGGCAGUGGUUAGCGAGCCGCGCAGUUCUCGCCAGGGGCGCCCUCCGGACCGCCUCUCCGCAGCGAGCCGCCGCCACCGCCCGUCCGGAGAGUCCGGCCACUGGGCCCCGAGGCUCAGCCCGCGGAGCGGCCUCCGAGGGACGCCGCUGCGCGAGAGGAACGCGCCCGCGCUCUUGCCUUUGCCGUGGCCCAGCGCGCGGGCGGCGGGAUGAGGGGCAGCAAACCGGCCGCGCCGGCGCUGCGGCCGCGGGGCGGCCUCUGGCGGGUGUUGGCUGUGCUGGCGGCCGCUGCGGCCGGCUGCGCCCGGGCAGCCAUGGACGAGUGCACGGACGAGGGCGGGCGGUCGCAGCGCUGCAUGCCCGAAUUCGUCAACGCCGCCUUCAACGUGACCGUGGUGGCCACCAACACGUGCGGGACUCCGCCCGAGGAGUACUGUGUGCAGACCGGGGUGACCGGGGUCACCAAGUCCUGUCACCUGUGCGACGCCGGGCAGCCCCACCUGCAGCACGGGGCAGCCUUCCUGACGGACUACAACAACCAGGCCGACACCACCUGGUGGCAGAGCCAGACCAUGCUGGCCGGGGUGCAGUACCCCAACUCCAUCAACCUCACGCUGCAUCUGGGAAAAGCGUUUGACAUCACAUAUGUGCGCCUCAAGUUCCACACCAGCCGCCCGGAGAGCUUCGCCAUUUACAAGCGCACGCGGGAAGAGGGGCCCUGGGUCCCUUACCAGUACUACAGCGGCUCCUGCGAGAACACCUACUCGAAGGCAAACCGAGGCUUCAUCAGGACGGGAGGGGACGAGCAGCAGGCCUUGUGCACAGAUGAAUUCAGUGACAUUUCCCCUCUCACCGGGGGCAACGUGGCCUUUUCAACCCUGGAAGGACGGCCCAGCGCCUACAACUUUGACAAUAGCCCCGUGCUGCAGGAAUGGGUAACUGCCACUGACAUCAGAGUAACACUCAAUCGCCUGAACACUUUUGGAGAUGAAGUGUUUAAUGACCCCAAAGUUCUCAAAUCCUAUUAUUAUGCAAUCUCUGAUUUCGCUGUGGGUGGUAGGUGUAAAUGUAACGGACAUGCAAGCGAGUGCGUGAAGAAUGAAUUUGACAAGCUGGUGUGUAAUUGCAAACAUAAUACUUAUGGCGUAGACUGUGAGAAGUGCCUUCCUUUCUUCAAUGACCGGCCGUGGAGGAGGGCGACUGCCGAGGGUGCCAGCGAAUGCCUGCCCUGUGACUGCAAUGGCCGAUCGCAGGAAUGCUACUUUGACCCUGAACUAUACCGUUCCACGGGCCAUGGUGGCCACUGUACCAACUGCCAGGAUAACACGGACGGCGCCAACUGUGAGAGGUGCCGGGAGAAUUUCUUCCGCCUUGGGAACAGAGAAGCCUGCUCUCCCUGCCACUGUAGUCCUGUUGGUUCUCUCAGUACACAGUGUGAUAGCUAUGGCAGAUGUAGCUGUAAGCCUGGAGUGAUGGGGGACAAAUGUGACCGUUGCCAGCCUGGGUACCAUUCUCUUACUGAGGCUGGAUGCAGGCCAUGCUCUUGUAAUCCUUCUGGCAGCACAGACGAAUGUAAUUUUGAAACAGGAAGAUGUGUUUGCAAAGACAAUGUCGAAGGCUUCAAUUGUGAGAGAUGCAAACCUGGAUUUUUUAAUCUGGAAUCAUCUAAUCCUAUGGGUUGCACACCUUGCUUCUGCUUUGGGCAUUCUUCUGUCUGUACAAAUGCUGUCGGCUACAGUGUUUAUUCUAUAACCUCUACCUUUCAGAUUGAUGAGGAUGGGUGGCGUGCGGAACAAAGGGAUGGCUCUGAAGCAUCAUUUGAGUGGUCCUCUGAGAGGCAAGAUAUCGCUGUCAUUUCAGAUAGCUACUUUCCUAGGUACUUCAUUGCCCCCGCAAAGUUCUUGGGCAAGCAGGUGUUGAGUUAUGGUCAGAACUUCUCCUUCUCCUUUCGAGUGGACAGGCGAGACACUCGCCUCUCUGCAGAAGACCUGGUGCUUGAGGGAGCUGGCCUAAGAGUGUCUGUGCCCUUGAUCGCUCAGGGCAAUUCCUAUCCGAGUGAGACCACUGUGAAAUAUGUCUUCAGGCUCCAUGAAGCAACAGAUUACCCUUGGAGGCCUACUCUUACCCCUUUCGAAUUUCAGAAACUCCUAAACAAUUUGACCUCUAUCAAGAUCCGUGGGACAUAUAGUGAGAGAAGUGCUGGAUAUUUGGAUGAUGUCACCCUGGCAAGCGCUCGUCCUGGGCCUGGGGUCCCUGCAACUUGGGUGGAGUCCUGCACCUGUCCUGUGGGAUACGGAGGGCAGUUUUGUGAGAUGUGCCUCUCAGGUUACAGAAGAGAAACUCCGAGUCUUGGACCAUACAGUCCAUGUGUGCUUUGUACCUGCAAUGGGCACAGUGAGACCUGUGACCCUGAGACAGGUGUUUGUAACUGCAGAGAGAAUACAGCCGGGCCCCACUGUGAGAAGUGUAGUGACGGGUACUAUGGAGAUUCAACCGUGGGCACCUCCUCUGAUUGCCAACCCUGUCCGUGUCCUGGGGGCUCCAGUUGUGCUGUUGUCCCUAAGACACAGGAGGUGGUGUGCACCAACUGUCCUACUGGCACCACUGGUAAAAGAUGUGAGCUCUGUGAUGACGGCUACUUUGGAGACCCUCUGGGUAGAAACGGCCCUGUGAGGCUUUGCCGCCUGUGCCAGUGCAAUGACAACAUCGAUCCCAACGCAGUUGGAAAUUGCAAUCGCUUGACGGGAGAAUGCCUGAAGUGCAUCUAUAACACGGCUGGCUUCUACUGUGACCGGUGCAAAGACGGAUUUUUUGGAAAUCCCCUGGCUCCCAAUCCAGCAGACAAGUGCAAAGCCUGCGACUGCAACCCCUAUGGGACCGUGAAGCAGCAGAGCAGCUGUAACCCUGUGACCGGGCAGUGUGAGUGUCUGCCUCACGUGACUGGCCGGGACUGUGGAGCGUGUGACCCUGGAUUCUACAACCUGCAGAGCGGGCAGGGCUGUGAGAGGUGUGACUGCCAUGCUUUGGGUUCCACCAAUGGGCAGUGUGACAUCCACAAUGGCCAGUGUGAGUGCCAGCCUGGCAUCACCGGUCAGCACUGCGAGCGCUGUGAGGUCAACCACUUUGGGUUUGGACCUGAAGGCUGUAAACCCUGUGACUGUCAUCCUGAGGGGACUCUUUCCCUCCAGUGCAAAGAUGAUGGUCUCUGUGAAUGCAAAGAAGGCUUUGUGGGGAAUCGCUGUGACCAGUGUGAAGAGAACUAUUUCUACAAUCGGUCUUGGCCUGGCUGCCAGGAGUGUCCCGCUUGUUACCAGCUGGUAAAGGAUAAGGUUGCUGAUCAUCGAGCAAAACUCCAGGAAUUAGAGAAUCUCAUUGCAAACCUUGGAACUGGGGACGAGAUGGUGACGGAUCAAGCCUUUGAGGAUAGACUAAAGGAAGCAGAGAGAGAGGUGACUGACCUCCUUCGUGAGGCCCAGGAUGUCAAAGAUGUAGACCAAAAUUUGAUGGAUCGCCUCCAGAGAGUGAAUAACACCUUAUUCAGCCAAAUUAGCCGUUUACAGAAUAUCCGGAAUACCAUUGAAGAGACCGGAAACUUGGCUGAACAAGCAUGUGCCCGGGUAGAAAGCACAGAGCAGUUGAUUGAAAUCGCAUCCAGAGAACUUGAGAAAGCAAAAGUUGCCAUUGCCAAUGUGUCAAUCACUCAGCCAGAAUCUACAGGGGACCCAAACAACAUGACUCUUUUGGCGGAUGAGGCACGAAAGCUUGCUGAACGCCAUAAACAAGAAGCUGAUGACAUUGUACGAGUGGCAAAGGCAGCCAAUGAUACAUCAACUGAGGCAUAUAAUCUGCUUUUGAGGACACUGGCAGGAGAAAAUCAAACAGCAGUUGAGAUUGAAGAGCUUAAUAGAAAGUAUGAACAAGCGAAGAACAUGUCACAGGAUCUAGAGAAGCAAGCCGCCCAAGUCCAUGAGGAGGCCAAGAAGGCUGGUGAGAAAGCUGUGGAGAUCUAUGCCAGUGUCGCCCAGCUGACUCCUGUGGACUCAGAAGCCAUGGAGAAUGAGGCAGAUAAAAUAAAGAAGGAAGCUGAGGAUCUGGAUCGUCUGAUUGACCAGAAGUUAAAAGAUUAUGAGGACCUCAGACAGGACAUGAGAGGGAAGGAAUUUGAAGUAAAGAACCUUCUGGAAAAAGGAAAGACCGAACAGCAGACUGCCGACCAACUCCUAGCCCGAGCUGACGCCGCCAAGGCUCUUGCGGAAGAAGCUGCUAAGAAGGGACGAAAUACCUUACAAGAAGCCAAUGACAUUCUCAGCAACCUGAAAGAUUUUGAUAGGCGAGUAAAUGAUAACAAGACGGCUGCAGAGGAGGCACUAAGGAGAAUCCCUGCCAUCAACCAGACUAUAAUGGAAGCCAAUGAAAAGACCAGGGAAGCACAGCUGGCUCUGGGCAAUGCUGCCGCAGAUGCCACCGAGGCCAAGAACAAGGCCCACGAGGCGGAGAGGAUCGCCAGCGCUGUCCAAAAGAAUGCUACCAGCACCAAGGCAGAAGCUGAGAGGACUUUUGCAGAAGUUACAGAUCUGGAUAACGAGGUGAAUAAUAUGUUGAAACAGCUACAGGAAGCAGAAAAGGAGCUGAAGAAAAAACAAGACGAUGCUGACCAGGAUAUGAUGAUGGCAGGGAUGGCUUCACAGGCUGCUCAGGAAGCUGAGAUCAAUGCCAGGAAGGCCAAAAGCUCUGUCACCAGCCUCCUCAACCUUAUUAAUGACCUCCUGGAGCAGCUAGGGCAGCUGGACACAGUGGACCUGAACAAGCUAAAUGAGAUUGAAGGUACCCUGAACAAAGCCAAAGAUGAAAUGAAAGUCAGUGAUCUAGACAGGAAAGUGUCUAACCUGGAGAACGAAGCCAGGAGGCAGGAGGCUGCCAUCAUGGACUACAACAGAGACAUUGAGGAGAUCCUGAAGGACAUCCGCAACCUGGAAGACAUCAGGAAGACCUUACCCUCCGGCUGCUUCAACACCCCGUCCAUUGAGAAGCCCUAGCGUCUUCCCUUAGGGAGCCACUGUGAGGCCACAGAGUGCCUUAACACAAAGGUUACAUUCUUCAGACCCCCACUCUCUGCUGCCCUCCACCACUGUCCUUUUGAGCCAGGAGAAGUCACAAAGUUUAAAGAGAAGCAAAUUAAACAUCGUGAAUCAGGAACAAAGGGUUUUAUCUAAUAAAGUCUCUCUUCCACUUAACGGUGGUCCCUCAGACCCACCUUCCCCUUCUGAGUCGCAUAAGGACGUGGCAUCCUGCGCUGCUGUACAGUGGCUCAAACCCUUCGUGGGAACCGUUGUGUGCCAGGGCUGAGCAAGUAGCCCUGCCUUUCUCGCUGAUACCAACAGAACCUCCUCAGUCUCAGUACUCUUGUUUCUAUGAAGGAAAAGUUUGGCUACUGACAGUAGCAUUGUGAUGGCCAGUAUAUCCAGUCUAUAGGCAAAGAAAAUGCAUCCACAUCUCCUGCCCCUCCUCCUUUUAAGCAAAAGCAAGUACACAUCCUGUGCCAAAGGUAUCGGUCAUUUAGAAUGUCGAGAGCCGUCAUCUGUUGUUUUAGCUAUUUUGAGUUUAGGACACUGAGCCAUCCCACGGGUAAGGAUGCAAUGAUUUAUGACAGUCUCCAGGAGAAUGUGAGACUGCAGAAGUAGGCUGAAGAUUUUCUCAGAUGUUAAUAAUUGACUAGGAAGAUAAACUUUUUUCAGAUCUUUGGGCAGCUGAUAAUUUAAAUCUGGAUGGGCGGCUUGCACUCACCAAUAGACGUCUUCUAUUCCUAUAGAUGGAAUUUAUGCAGAAGAAAUAGGGAUGUGAUAACCACUAAAGUUUUUUUCAAAAUCAAACUAAUUCUUAGAGCUUUUUUAGAGUAUUAGUCUUGGAACUAGUGUUGUUACCUGGCAGAGAACGGGUGGUCCUCACGAUCUUGACAAACAAAACAAAAGAAAAGCCUCCUUGUCCUAGUCUUUUCUAGCAAAGGGAUAGAACUUAGAUGCAACUUGUAUUGUCAGGAUCCCACAUAUCCAUUUUUCUUCCAUUGGGGAGAGAUGAAACAUUUGACCCUUAGCCUCAGUUUUCUCCUGAUGUUCCCCGUCUUGUAGAACCCCUCAAAACACAUUGUUUGCCAAAUCCUGGUGACAAAUACUUGCACUCAGUAUUUCACACAGCUGCCAACACCAUCUCGCUCCUGCACUUUGUGAUUUAAACCCACCUCUAAACCUUCCCUCUAAGCGUAGAGGGAAGACCCUUACAUGGAGUUUCCUAGUGAGCUUCUCAACUUCCGAUCCUCAGCUCUGUGGUUUUCUUCUAAGGUCACAGCGUGACGAUUCUCUGCCACAAACCCCUUCCUCCUACCAACCCGCCUUCGAGAUUCAUAUAUAGCCUUUAACACUAUGCAACUUUGUACUUUGCGUAGCGGGGGAAAGAAACUAUUAUCUGACACACUGGUGCUAUUAAUUAUUUCAAAUUUAUAUUUUUGUGUGAAUGUGUUUUUGUUUAUCAUGAUUAUAGAGUAAGGAGUUUAUGUAAAUAUACUUGGUCCUGUUUCUAGAAUGGCACUGUCCGUUCACCUCUUCACUUCAUUUUUCCUCUUCACCGGCACAAUGUGUCUGUAUACCUCCUCCCCUUCCAUCUGCGGUUCUUUGGAUUGGAUUCGUUCCCUGUUGCUUUGCUCUUCGCCUUGUGUUUGCAGCAUGUCCGUUCUCUUGACAUUCACAUCCACCUGCUUUCCUCCACACACAGCCACGAUAAAGAGGUACCUCGAACCCUCUUCCGUUGCAGUCCUGGCGGUCCUCAGCCACAGCACCAUGUUGUUCUUAAUGCCUGCCCCGGAGCAGGAACGCCAGCUUGACAGGGAAGGAUGGAAUUAGGAAAGUUUGCUGAAGGGCAUCUUUACCAUCAGUGAGAGCCUAGCCAGGAAUGAGUGAGAAAUGCCCUCUGGCCGUUGUUUGAGCUGGACGGGGUCAUUUUUAUAAGGGGUGCAUAAUUACUUGAGUGCUCGUAUCAGGGAUACGAGGGAUGAUCAGGGAUCAUGCUGCAGAUAGAUAGAGUGGGAGAGACGGUCUACCUUAGUUCUUCCCCUUUCCAUCUCCUUGCAUCCCAGAGUUGACUUAACUGGUGUUUUGACCUGGCAUCCUCCUAAGCUUCCACUCCAUUCCUCUUCUCAGGCCUCUUCUCCUGUCGCAGGAGACCUGGCUCUUUCUUGCCAAGUGUUCACAUCAGUGUUUCCUAGCUAGUUCCUCUUUUUAAGUGGCCACAUCCUAUGAGACAUUUUGGUCAAGGUUUCAGGGAAAGGACUGAAGAUAGACUGCUAAGGUAGUUUACCCUCUAGCCUAUGGGUCAGGUUCACUCUAGUAAGUCUUAGGCCACAGUGAAAUUUUGGGAAUUUGUUGUUGUUGUUGUUUCUUUUCUCCUUUUCCAUCUGUGUGGCAUAUUUUUAAACAGAAUUUUAUUUUUAAAAUAAAAGUUCUUUAUAAGACAAUACCUUAAUUACACACCUGCAAUAUCGCCAUUAUUUUAUUGUAUAGUUCCAGUUAUCUGUAUUUUAUGUAAUAAAAUUUGACAGGAUGGCUGCUGCAGAAUGCUGGGUGUCACAGGGAGCAUACACAGCUGUUCCCUGGAAUUUUCCCUCUUAAUUCCAACCGUGGCCCUUUUCCGUGUGCCUUCACUUUAGCUGUUUGCCUUAAUCUCUACGGUCUUGCUCUCCAGGGUAGUAAAUAAAAUGCAACACUUGGCAUUUUUUAUGUUAAAAAAAAAAACAGUAUUUUAUUUAUAAUAAAAUCUGAAUAUUUGUAACCCUUUA